UACAAAAUGGCGUCAAACAUGUAUUUAAUUUGGGGCUCCGGAUCAAUUCCUUGUUGGAAGGCAAUGCUGGUCCUGGAAGAGAAGGGAUUUGGUGGCUAUCCCAAUAAGUUGGUUUCAUUCUCCAAUAAGGAACAUAAAGGAGAGGAUGUCAUGAAGCUAAACCCUCGUGGACAGGUGCCAACAUUUAAAGAUGGAGAUAUAGUAGUGAAUGAAUCAACAGCCAUUUGUCAAUACCUUGAGAGGCGUUAUGCUGAUAAAGGGACAAAACUCAUACCAGAUCAACCAGCAGAACAUGCAUCUGUUUUACAAAGGAUGUUUGAGAUCAGCAAUAUUGAACAGAAUAUGAUGAAAGACUAUGCAUAUUACAUGUUCCGCACCAAAAAGGAAGACCAGAAAGAGGAGGUGAUCAAAGAGAAGGUUACCAAUGCUCAAAAGGAACUAGCCAUUUGGGAAGGUUAUUUACAAGCUUCUAAACCAGGGAACUUCGUGGCAGGUAAAACCUUCUCCAUGGCCGAUGCUUUCUUCUUCCCAUUCAUUGCAUUUAGUGUGCGUCUGGGACUGAACCUGGACAAAUACCCAGCCAUAAAAGAGUACUAUAACCGGGUGAGCAAACGGGACUCCGUUCAAAAAACAUGGCCGCCACACUGGAGCACAGAAGAAGCAAAGAUGGACUUUAUGAAGGACUUGUAAUGUGUGAGCUUUUGCAAUUUUGAAAGAUGAUUCUGACAGCUAGGGUAAUGGUCUAUCAGCUGGCUAAGCAAAUACUUAUACAAUUAUAUCUCUAUACUCUAAACACUAUAUAUCACUCUUACUCAAGAUGUAGUCAGAAAUUGUUGUAAUGUUUAAGAAUUAUGUAGCAUUUUUCUAUUAUCUUUUCAUAUUGACACUUAGUCAAACUGUUGAAAUUUUGUGCAAUUUGAACGUAUCCUUCUGGCAAUAUGUCGCUCUUAUUUAGAGGCUCAGGUUGUUGAAUUUAUACAUGCAACAGAUGUUUGUAAACAUGCAACAGAUGUCUGUAAUCAUGCAACAGAUAUCUGUGAACAUUCAACAAAUGUCUGUAAACAUGCUACAGAUGUCUGAGACAUGCAACAGAUGUCUGUGAACAUACAACAGAUGUCUGCCAACAUGCAACAGAUGUCUGUAAACAUGCAAGAGAUAUCUGUAAACAUGCAACAUAUGUCUGUGAACAUGCAACAUAUGUCUGUGAACAUGCAACAGAUAUCUGUCAACAUGCAAUAGAUGUCUGUAAACAUGCAACAGAUGUCUGAGAAUAUGCAACAGUUAGUUAUUUGUUUCAUUUUCUAUGGGAUUUUAUUACUGCCUUACACCAAUCCCAAAUCAUUAUGUUAAUUUGAUUAUAGUCCCAAUUUGGUGGUUGUUUGUUUAUAUAUUAUGAUCAGGUGUAAGAAUUAAACAGUUUUAGAUUACAUGUACUC